CAGAAGGAGCGAAACACCUUGAGUCAAAAUGGGUCUCUACCGUGUCCGCGUGUCCACUGGAGCCUCUUUCUAUGCAGGCUCUAGCAACCAGGUGCAGCUGUGGCUGGUGGGACAGCACGGGGAGGCCGCGCUCGGGACGCGCAUGCGGCCCGCGAGGGGCAAGGAGGCGGAAUUCAAGGUGGAUGUGCAGGAGUACUUGGGGCCGCUGCUGUUUGUGAAGCUGCGCAAACGGCACCUCCUUCAGGAUGACGCCUGGUACUGCAACUGGAUCGCGGUGCAGGGUCCCGGGGACAGCGGGGAUGAGUACAGGUUCCCUUGUUACCGCUGGGUGGAGGGCAACGGCGUUCUGAGCAUACCAGAGGGCACCGGUCGCACUGUGCUCGACGACCCUCAAGACUUCUUUAAGAAAUACAGGGAAGAGGAACUGAAAGAGAGAAGGAAGCUGUACCGGUGGGGUAACUGGAAGGACGGGCUAAUCCUGAAUAUGACCGGGGCCACAAUAUGUGACCUCCCUGUAGAUGAGCGAUUUCUGGAGGACAAGAGAAUUGACUUUGAGGCUUCACUGGCCAAAGGGCUGGCAGACCUUGCUAUCAAAGACUCUUUAAAUGUUCUGACUUGCUGGAAUGAUCUGGAUGACUUCAAGCGGAUUUUCUGGUGUGGGCAGAGCAAGCUGGCUGAGCGAGUGCGGGACUCCUGGAAGGAAGAUGCCAUAUUUGGGUACCAGUUUCUCAAUGGAGCCAACCCCAUGCUGUUGAGGCGCUCCACUCACCUUCCUGAACGCCUAGUGUUCCCUCCAGGGAUGGAGGAACUGCAGGCCCAGCUGAAGAAGGAGCUGGAGGCAGGCAUGCUGUUUGAAGCUGACUUCUCCCUGCUGGAUGGGAUCAAGGCCAAUGUCAUCCUUUGCAGCCAACAGCACCUGGCUGCCCCUCUGGUCAUGCUGAAACUGCAGCCUGAUGGGAAACUCUUGCCCAUGGUCAUCCAGCUCCAACUGCCGAAAGUAGGAUCGCCCCCACCUCAGCUUUUCCUGCCCACAGAUCCCCCAAUGGUCUGGCUUUUGGCCAAAUGCUGGGUCCGGAGCUCUGACUUCCAGCUUCACGAGCUGCAGUCUCAUCUUCUGAGGGGACACUUGAUGGCUGAGGUCAUUGCUGUGGCCACCAUGAGGUGCCUUCCCUCAAUACAUCCUAUCUUCAAGCUUGUAAUUCCUCACUUGCGCUAUACCAUGGAAAUUAAUGUCCGGGCCAGGAAUGGGCUGGUCUCUGACUUGGGAGUUUUUGACCAGGUGGUGAGCACAGGUGGGGGAGGCCAUGUGGAUCUGCUCAAGCGAGCUGGAGCCUUCCUGACCUAUAGGUCAUUCUGUGUCCCUGAUGACUUGGCUGACCGCGGGCUCCUGGGGGUCCAGGCUUCCUUCUAUGCCCAAGAUGCUCUACGGCUCUGGGAAAUCAUCUCUAGGUAUGUGGAGGGAAUUGUGAAUCUCCACUAUAAGACGGAUGUGUCUGUGAAGGAUGACCCUGAGCUGCAGAGCUGGUGUCAAGAGAUCACUGAAAUAGGGCUGCUAGGUGCUCAGGACCGAGGGUUUCCCAUCUCUUUACAGUCUCUGGAGCAGGUUUGCCGCUUUGUCACCAUGUGCAUCUUCACCUGCACUGGCCAGCACUCCUCUGUCCACCUGGGCCAGCUGGAUUGGUACAGCUGGGUCCCUAACACACCUUGCACGAUGCGGCUGCCCCCACCAACCACCAAGGAUGCAACAUUGGAGACCGUGAUGGCAACACUGCCCAAUUUUCAUCAGGCUUCUCUUCAGAUGUCCAUCACUUGGCAACUGGGCAGGCGUCAGCCCGUUAUGGUGGCUUUGGGCCAGCAUGAGGAGGAGUAUUUUUCAGGCCCUGAGGCCAAGGCUGUGUUGAAGAAGUUCAGAGAGGAACUGGCUGCCCUGGAUAAGGAAAUUGAGAGCCGGAACACAAAGCUGGACAUGCCUUAUGAGUACCUGAGGCCCAGUCUGGUGGAAAACAGUGUGGCCAUAUAAAUGUCCCCAGCCUCUGGUUGUUUCAGCCUCCUCCAAGCUGCAACUCACCCUUUGUUGGUUUCACUCCUGCCCUCCCAAGCCCUGUCCUCUUUUCCCCAUGUCCCACUUCGUUGUCUCUGCUCCCAGCAAACAGAUUUUAUUCUAGAUGAAUAUCUUAGGGGGCUUCAUUUCUCCUUUCUCCCUCCUUCCAUUCCUACUUUCUUCCCUCUUCACUCAGAUCAGGGUGGUAAUACAUAUUACUUAUUCCACAUCGUUCAUACACCAAAUGCGAUUCUGAACCUAAAUCAAGUUUAACAACAAAUCGAUAUUUUAGACAACUGUGUUAAAUAAAACAUUGGCAAAAGAGUAUAGAGCAUCAAAAUAUUUCUCUUUGUGACUGGAUAGGAAUUAGCACACAUCCCAAAGCCAAAUACACCACAAAGCAAACCAUUUACACAGAGAUUCUCAAGUUUUUAAUUCUCAGGAUUUUUGCUUCAUAGCUUACACAGACAAUGAUAAACCAAA